AUGGCCGCUCCUUCACCUCCAUCUUCCUCGGACAUCACAGCUUCACCGAACGGCCGAGAGGCAGACUUGAGAACUGAGAAUGCCUCGCCUGCCUCUCCUGCCUCGCCCUUCGGCUCACUGCCUGAUGAGCUUAUUGAGUACAUGUUAGAGGAUCCCUCCACCUCCGAGCCACCCCGAAAACGACAAAAGAUUCAGGGUCCGAUUCAUCCAAAAGUGCUCGGUAUCGAGCAUAUCACUGUCAAAAAAUCCACAUGGCAAAUUGUUUUCGCUGGGUCCAAACUAUCGGAACUCGAGACGCCGAUGGAAAAGAGUGAUGUCUCUCUCCUUGUGCGUUGCAGUCGAUCUCGGAAACCUGAGUAUCUAGAGAUCGUGGAUGGGAAGAGACGAUGUGUGUUCCAUGCGCCUCUACCCCCCGCCGAGCUGGAUCUAGAGGAUGUGCAUCUUGCUCUCUUGGUACAUGACCAGUCCGGAAGGUGGGCUAGAUUGGAAGAUGGAUAUGAUCGUCUCCAGAUAAAUUUCACCAUCAAAUGGAACGUUACGUCCUCACCACACAAUCUCAUGCAAGCCGCUGCCCAGACAGAUGCACUUUCGGGGGUUCUGAGCAGAUACUUCCCAAACCCAAACGUCACCAAGGCCGAGAAGUGGUCGCCCCAAGACUUCUACCAGAGCGUAUACUCACCGGAUAAGACUGACGAAGAGUCUCUUUCCAUGAAGGUGGAUGGUCUAAGUGCUAAUCUCUAUCCCUACCAAAAACGAGCCGUUCAGUGGCUGUUGGGGAAGGAGGGUGUUGCAUGGUCUGCCCAAGGUGUCAAGUCGUUGCCAGAAUCUAAAGAUCCAGGAGCACCAAUUUCUUUUGUUCGAGCCACAGAUGAUCUUGGACGGGUAUGCUACGUCAGCCAUUUGUUUGGGCUCGUCACUUUGGAUCCAGGCCCUUUUCUUGACAUGGAGAGAAAUCUAAGAGGAGGAAUCCUUGCCGAAGAGAUGGGUCUGGGGAAAACGGUCGAGAUGAUCUCGUUGAUCUCGCUGCACAAGCGUCCAGAUCAAAAGAUGCCACAAGUGUUCGACUUCUUCACGGGACAGAUGGUCCGACCGACCGGAGCUACUCUCAUAAUCACACCUCCAUCGAUUAUCAAGCAGUGGAUAUCCGAAAUCAACAGACAUGCGCCACUGCUCAAAGUGUUUCACUACGAAGGCAUCAAGGCCAAAGUACACAGCAAGCGAGAUUUCUCAGACUUGUUGAACGACCUGGCUAGCUCGGAUAUUGUUGUCUCGACCUACAGUGUGCUAGCUGGAGAGAUCCAUUUCACUCAUUUGAACCCAGGAAAGCGCCUGCGCCACGAGUCGAAAUAUCCUAGGCCGAAGUCUCCCUUGAUGCUACUUUCUUGGUGGCGUUGUCUAAUAGAUGAGGCGCAAAUGAUCGAGAGCGGAGUUAGCAACGCAGCGGUUGUAGCAAGAAUGAUUCCGAGAGUCAACGCCUGGUGCGUCACAGGUACCCCAGUUCGUAAGGAUGUCAACGAUCUCCUGGGACUUCUCGUCUUUCUUAGAUAUGAGCCAUUCGCUUCCAUAAAGCAUGCCUGGUCGUCCCUAAUAACAUCAUGUAAAUUCGAGUUCCGAAAGUUGUUUGGUACUUUGGCCCUUCGUCAUAGCAAGCAAAGCGUCCGUGACGAGUUGAAACUUCCAGCUCAAAGGCGUUACGUGAUCACGAUGCCAUUCACUCCUAUCGAGGAACAGCAUUACCAGGAACUGUUCAAUCAAAUGUGUACUGAGGUCGGUCUGGACAGUCAAGGGGCACCUACUAGAGAUGAUUGGAACCCUGACAAGGUCUCGGAUAUCAUGCGACGAUGGCUUGUGCGGCUACGUCAGACGGCUCUGCAUCCUGAUGUCGGAGGACGAAAUAGACGUGCCCUCGGGCACAAAGAUGGUUCCUUGAGGACCGUGGAUCAAGUUUUGAACGUGAUGAUGGAGAGUACAGACCUCUCUAUCAGAACCGAUCAACGCACACUGCUCAUAACAAAGCUGAGGAGAGGCCAACUAUUCGAAAACUCGCCUCGAGUCAAGGAGGCUUUAGCGAUUUGGGUUGAAGCUGCGGAUGAAGCAAAGGCCAUCGUUGAAGAAUGCCGCUUACAGCUGCAACAAGAGUUGACCAAAGCCGUGGCGGAGAAUGGCACGACCAUAAAAGUCAACAUGUCGGGGCCUGGUAGCGACAGCGAAGUUGAGCGACCUGAACUUGAUCCUUCAUCUCGCAUAGGAGCCUUUCGAAUGCGACUGCGAACCGCAAUGGAGAUCGAGCACAUGGCUAUAUUUUUCCGAACCAAUGCAUACUUCCAGAUCAAAUCUAACGAAGAGAUGACCAAACCGAAUAGCGACGAGUUCCGGACCCUGGAAAAGCUGGAAACCGAAGGUUACGAAGCUGCAAAGAAAACGAGACGGAUGAUCCUUCAAGAGAACUUCGAAAAAACAGAUAAACUUAUGAGGAAGAUAUCGAGGAAAGCUGCCACACAGGCCUUUGUCCAGAUCCCCAAGUUCCAUUCAAACAUUCCAAAAGAAGGGAUUGAGAGUCAUAAGAUCAUGGAGAGGCUCGAUAUAUUGGCAAGGGCAUUGGAUGCCCAAGCUAAUAUUCUAGACGCGUGGAGAGAAGACACAGUCCAAUUCCUCCUUCGAUCGCUCAUAGAUGAAGACGAAGAUGAUAUAGACAUCACCGGAGAAGAAUACGAGGAAUCCACCAAGAUCCAAGACGAAGUUCAGGUGUAUUUGAACUGCUUGCGAUUCGUUAUCACUGACAGACAUGAUGCCCUUACUGGCCAAAAUAACGACCUCGUCAAAUCUGAAGUCAAAUUCCUCACUGGAGCGUUGAAAGACUUGGACCGUCACCAUGUCGCAUGCCCGGAAAAAACUGUAGAGCUACUGGGUGUUCGACAAGAAAUCAAGCCUACCACAGAGAUGGGCUCCAUCAGAGGAAUCCAGUCUGAACUUCGAGCUCUUGCCGCCUCGUUGAAACUAGAUGCUCAGAGGGGCAGUAUCAGGGCGCAGAGCGAGCUUUCCAUCGUCGAGAAGCAACUAAAAAUUAUUCAGACCCAGUUCAAGGAACAGAUGCUGGCAAUUGCAGACCUGAAAAAAGAAGCCGAACUCUUCACCCGGUCAUUAAAUUCCCGACUUGAAUAUUACAAACAACUCCAGCUGGUUUCAGAUCAGGUCUCUCUCUAUGACGGUCCGAAUGACGAUGCGACGCUUGCCAGAUAUCUUGAGGAAGAGGGCAGGCUGGCCCGCAAGAUUGCUACAGCAAAGUCAAAGAGAAGAUAUCUUGAUCAUCUUCGGGAGGAAGCAUUCAAUCCAAAGGAGCAGAGAAUCUGUGUGAUUUGUCGAGAGACAUUCGAAGUUGGUGCACUUACAGUAUGUGGUCAUCAAUACUGCAAAGGUUGCAUCCGAAUGUGGUGGGACACUCAUCGAAAUUGCCCGGUAUGCAAGCGGAAACUUUCCAAGGUCGAUAUGCACCAAAUCACCUACAAACCAGGAGAACUAUCGAUCCAAGCCGAGGAGGUACAGGACAUCCACCAUGAACGAGUUCCGACAUCUAAGAAGCACUCUGCCAUCUACUCUGAGAUCAGUAAAGCUACCCUAGCCGAAAUCAAGAACAUCGAAUUGGACGGUCCCUCCUUCACCACCAAAGUCGACACACUGGCCCGCCACCUCAUCUGGCUGCGCGAAUCGGACCCGGGCGCCAAAUCCAUCAUCUACUCCUCCUUCAAAGAUUUUCUCGACGUCCUCGCGCAAGCCUUCUCCGAAUUCCGCAUCGGCUAUUCUUCCAUCGAAACACCCAAAGGCAUCGAGAAGUUCAAAACGGAUCCCGGUAUCGAGUGUUUCCUCCUCCACGCUCGAGCCCACAGCUCAGGUCUGAACCUCGUCAACGCAAACCACGUCUUCCUGUGUGAGCCUCUGCUCAACACGGCGCUGGAACUUCAGGCCAUAGCGCGCGUCGACCGGAUCGGCCAACAGCAGGAAACGAACGUCUGGCUGUACCUCGUCGACGGCACCGUCGAGGAAUCGAUCCAUCAGCUGUCCGUCAAGCGCAGAAUGGACCACAUCGGCAAGCGGAUUGCGAGCGUCAAAGGCAAGGACACGGACAAGGAGGGGGCCGUUGUCGUCGAUGGGGUAUUGGAUACGACGAAGCUCGAUGAGGCGAAUUCGAUAGAGCUGCAGCAGGCGAGCCUGUCGGGCCUGCUGGUGAAGGGAGGCAAGGGUGGAGAGGUUGUUAUGAAGGAGGAUCUGUGGGAUUGUUUGUUCGGGGGGAGGCAGAAGGAGGGAGGACAUGCUAGCCGGGGCAUUGGUAGUGUAAUAGAAGAAGAGCCUCAGGUGGGGCUCGCGAGUGAGGUGAUACGGGCGUCGAGGGGGGCAGAGGCUGCGGAAGAGAGGCAGCUGGUUGUUGGUAGGAGAUCUUGA